GCUCGCUCACUGAUACUCUUCGGAGCGCUGAGGAGUGAGCGCCGCCUUUCUCUGAUCCGCUAGCUCUGGGUCGGGGGUGUCCUCAGGCUCGGGCGCCUGCUUGGAACGAGGGAAUAUGAACCAACAGGGGAGUGACUGACUGAUAAACUGCCCCCACCAGCACCACCACCUCCUCCUCCUCCGGACCCUCCUACAGUCUCCCGCUGAGGCGAAGCCGCCGGCGAGGCGCGGCCAUGUGGGGGCGCCGGCGCUGAGCAGAGGGCUCCUGAGCUCUGCUGAAGUGGCGUUGGGCUCUCCGGCGGCGUUCGGGGAGGAAGAGGAGAAGAUGAGCGCAGCCGGCCGGCGGACUUUCAGCGUCCUGGCGGUCAACCUGGUGCUGCUGUCCACGGCGGCUCUCUGCGCGCACUUCCGGGUGUGCGAGCCCUACUCCGACCACAGGGGGCGCUACCACUUCGGCUUCCACUGCCCCCGCCUCUCCGACAACAAGACCUACAUGUUCUGCUGCCACCGCAACGGCACGGCCUUCAAGUACUGCUGCAACGACACCGAGUUCCAGAGCGUCAUGCAGCUCAACCUGACCGCCGCCUCCGACGGAUUCACGCAGAAUAACUACACCGCCCUGGUGGGGGUGUGGAUCUACGGCUUCUUCGUCACGCUGCUCCUGGCCCUGGACUUCCUGUACUACUCGGCGCUCAACUACGAGCUGUGCCGGGCGUACCUGGAGAAGUGGGGCCUGGGGGGGCGCUGGCUCAAGCGCGCCCGGAGCCGCUGGGACAGCCCCGGGCGGGGGGGCGGGGAGCCCCCCCCGCUGCACCCCAUCGUCCUGGCCCACCACCCCCGGCACAGCCUGAGGGCGGAGGCACAGAGCCCCUCGCUAAUGUCCUUCCACACCUCCACGGCCUGAAAGACUCACUGCAGGGAUGAUGUUGAGGCGCGUCGAAGCCGCAGACCCACAGACCCGUGCGUAACACACCCCAACCGCCCUCCGACGCAACUGCCACACCACAGCAGGGCUGGGCGAGCCCGGCCAAAACAGUCCGCCCCUCGACGUCCCGUACCCCGCGGAGACUCACCUGGGCGGGGCGGAGUUUCGGACCCGCGCGGGACCUCUGAGGAGAACCCGAGGCCUGUCGUCCCGCCCCCUCCUCCUCACCUGGACCUACCUGGAAUAGCGGAUUACUGGCUCAACCAAUCAGCAGGGAGAUAAACGAUAAACUUUAACCUGGCAAUGCCUGUAAGAUACUUUCGUUUCGUCCGUGUACAGCUGCGUAGACAACUCUGGGUUAAGUCGUAUUGGAGCCAAUGGGUGCGAGAACUUCCUGGAUUUUUACUCAUGAGAACUGGUCAGGGAAUCGGUGCCAGAAAUAUCAGACGUCGGUGAUGUAUCCGGGGGAUGUGGCAAGGGUUGCUUAAUUCUCGUAAGACGUCGCUACUUUAAUGUGUUUGCAGUCUAAACGAAAAUGUGAAAACGUUUUUAAAACUACUUAACUUUUUAUAGGGAUAUUGCGUAGAGUAGAGGAGGUUUAGAGCAGUCGCAGUUAGUCGUGGUUAUCGAAGGGGUCGUAGUGAUCUUAGUCUCUCGUGCUGGUGUCUUGUGAACCCGUCGUGACCGGAUAGCUAGGGCCGGGAGCGAAGUGCGCCCCGAGCCUGUUAGGCUAGUCGCUUUUUUGUAG